AUGGCGGGGGCAAAUGACUUUGGCGAAAGUUUUGUCAUGUCUUCGAGGAAGAACCGCCACCGACGUUCGGACUAUGGCUACACGCAGCAGCCAAGGAUGAGGCCUAAUUCGGAACUGGGAGAGCCGCUGAGGUAUCACCAGCAAAAUCGGCCAAAUAGGUAAUAAUUUUUUCAUUGUUGCUUGUUUUUUAGGUUUAACAGAGAGAACACUAUGUGGAGAAGCUAAUGGGAUGUAGGGGGUUUUUGUUUAUUGAGGAAUUUACGUUCUAAUCGGCUUUUCGGACAUUAGUUUAGGUAUCAGAUGAGAAAUUUGCUUUUCAGUGUAUUUUUUGGUUCUUUUUUGCAUAGAUCAUUUUGCGAGUGCUACAAGAUAUUGUGCUGUUCCUGUAUGGCUUGAUUGUAAGCCGUAGGAUGCAUUUGUUAUUCUUUUGCGGCCCAUAAUUUAGGGUAAAACCUUGCAAAACUAAAAUAAUAUUUUUCGGAAGUUUAUUAUUUUCCUUCAGCGCUUUUCGUUACCGUUCUGGUCGAACACCGGCUUUUGAGGAUUUCCGUGAGACUUCUUCGUCCGAAGAGUUCGAACAACCCGGAGUGAAUUAUGUCGAUCAGCAGCGUUAUCCUCAAGCCGCCAGAGCUUCAGGAAGUCGUCGGAUGCCCCCAUUGCAGCAAGAACCUGCUAUGUUCAGCGAUGAGGACAUUGCUUUCUGCACGAUAGUUCAAUUAAGACCAGUAAGUUUAAUUAUUUUUUAUUAUUUUCGGAUUUUAGAGCGUAAUCAAACGAUUUGUCAUUGAAAAUGAGCCCCCAGAACAAUUUUGGGACAUGAAGCCGGUGGAGAAGGCGGCGUUCUUGUUCUACUACAGCUGUUAUAACCGCUAUAUCACGGAUGUCCCUCAGUUUUUAAAGGUGUUCAAUUCAAGAUUUUAUGCAUUUAUGUGCAAUGAAAACCUAAACGAAGAGCAAGCUUUGAUCAAGGUGAGUAUUUAGACUUUUUUUGUUGAUUUUUAGGUCAUUUCAGCUCAAUUUGGAGUAAAAAUUGUCAAAGAUUUGAGAUUUUUGCCAUGGAUAAUAUAAUUGAAUCCCAAAUUUCAGAUUUGCGACCUGACAAAACGCGAAUACCAAGCUCUUCGUCAACGACAAGCCGCGAUUCGUCAACAACUUGAGGAGCGUUCCACAAUUGAGUCCCAGAACAGCGAACAACCCUCGUUUUCGAACCUUGACAGCGACGAAUUAAGCCUUGAUUCGGGGUCAAAAGAAGCCAAAAAAUUCAACUCACACCACCCGAUUAUCAAGUUCGGACCGGCCGGGCGGAUUAUCCAAUUAAACCCUAAGGUCAUGCCAAAUUCGUUCGAAUUAAAAAAUGUGAAAAAUUUGUUGAAAGACAAAUUCGAACUCGGAAAUGUGGAACUGAUGGACCAAUUCCAAGGCCCGCUGAAUAUUGCCCACACUCAGUCACAGAGCGUUCUCUUGUUCAUCAGAAGACAACUCUCAAAUAUCGUGGAUUCGGAUAUUUACAUUGGAAAUCCCUAUUCCAGCGAUACAAAUGAUUGUAUUUUAGUCUGGAGACUGUUGGAAAUGGUUGUCAAGCAACAAGGAGUAAGUAAUUUUGAUUUUUUUUUUUGCUGUCUUUGGUUUUUAGGUACAAGAUGAAGCAGAAUUUUGAUCAAUUUUUUGAUCUUGCUCGUCAUGGUGAAUAUAAUUUUUAUCUUUAAAUUGGUGAUUUUAGCGUGUAACUGGAGCGGAUUUGGCUGAACUCUUGUGCAAAGAUCAGAUUUUCCCGAAGAGAGCCCUAAGGGCACAGAAAUCGAUUCAAAGUGACGAAGGAACGGGGAGUCAGGAAAGCCUUCGCAAUGAACGAAGUGUCCCAGCUGAUGCUCUUGAGCAUUUCACAAAUUACCUGCUUGGAGGCCAUGUUGAUGUAAGUUGUGCAAAAAGGUCGAGUUUGGGUUAGUUUGGGAGCUUUUUAUAUUAUACUUGACAUGUUAUACUUGAGAUUACAUAAAGGGAAUUUUUGAUGUGUCUUUUUGAAAUUUUUGGAUGUAAAUGGUAGUAAAAUACGGUGGUGGAAAUUUCCCUUUUUCUUUUUAUGAUCCAUUUGAUUUUUAAGGCUUUUUUAUAUUACACUUGACAUCAGAUGUAAAAACUUUUAUUUUUUACUUAAUUUUAUCGUUUCAGGAGGCGAUAAAGUGCGCUGAGAAUGCCGGACUCCUCUUCGACGCCAUGGUCUUGGCCUAUCGCAUGUACGCCGACACGAAUCGACCAAAAAUGGAAUCGAUUCUUCAGCGCCUCCUCGCCGCAAACCGCUCCCCUCACCAUCCAGCCAUGACCCUAUACAGCGUUGCCGCCAGUCAACCCGUCCCUCUACUCAUGCACUCGGAUUCGGACGAUGGGAAAGGAUGGCGGGCCCAUAUUGCGAUUGUUUUGGCCAAUUUGAAGACAGACGCAGCCAUUGAUUCGAUUUGCCAAUUGGGAAGGGCCCUGGCCGCGAAAGACUUUAAUUCUGCUGCUGAUUUUUGCUUCUUGGCUGCGAAUUUGCUUUCCGAUCGGGAUUGUUUCACACCACCGAAUGAGUAGGUUUUAAAAGAAGGUUUUGUCAUGGAUAAUAUAAUUUUUUUUGAAAUUUUUGAGGUAUUUGGUAUUUUUCGAACAAUUAUGUGUCUAAAAUGCGUGAGGGAUUAGAAAAACUCAUUUUUGAAUUACAUUGUAGCUAGAAUAAGAAAAAUUUUAACAUUUUUUUAAAUUUUUUGAUCGAUUUUUGCCCUAAUUUAUAAGAAGUUUAUGCCAAAAAUUGUCUUGAAAAUAGUUGAUUGAUAACUGAAAAAAACUUAUUGCUUCUUUUUUAGGGCCCAACCCGUAUCCCGCCAACACAUUGAGCUCAUCAAAGCGACCCUACCAGACGACCAUGUGUAUUCGCAAGACACUCGAUUCGGCUGGUCGAUUCUUGAUUUUUGUGCCACGGAAAUUUACGAAUACGCCCUCAGACUAAAGUAUAAUGGAGCCGCAACACCACUGACCAAGUCGGCGGCCUUCCAGAAGCGUCGUUUGGAGUACGCACAGCUGUUGAACGACUAUGGAGGAUCAGCCCCAAAUGUCUCGGCGUAUUGCACAUCCAUUGCAGAGAAUGUCUGGGAAUAUCUGUACGGAUUGGAUCAACGUUUCGUUGCUGAUCUCUGUGACCUGGCUGAGAGUCUGAAGUAAGAAAUUUUUUGGAGGAAAUGGGAUUUUUUGAUUUUGCACAGUGCAGAGGAUGUUGGUGGAAAUUUUGCACUGUGCAAAAUUUUUUUGAGAAAAAUUUGUUGAGUUGAAGUUGAAUUUGACUGUUACUGAUAAGCUGAGCUUUUUAUUGAUUCGAUUUGAGAUGUUUUGAAUAGCGAAAAAGUGGUUUUUAACAUCUGCACAGUGCAAUGUGAGAUUCGCACAGUGCGGAUGUUUUGAACUUUUUUGUCAUAAUUUCUAGGAGUUUUGAAGUAAAUUCUGCCUGUUUCAGGGUAAUUGGAGCCCAAUCCGAUGUGGAUACCCAGUGGAUUGACACCGUGCGGCAGUGUUACAUCCAGCAUUACCUCCAAAAUCCCCAAUCCCAGCCUCCCCCAGAGCAAUUGUACCACCAACUGCCAGCUGAAACCCCCGCCCCGGAACUCCAGAAAACCGGAGACGUCACAGAAAUCAACCCCGAGCCGGUCCCGGAACAUCAUCAAGUUCAGCAAGUGGAAUACCAUCAACAGCCCGUGAUGAGACCACGCCCGGACUCAGCGUUAAGUCAGAUCAGCCAGUACUCGGCAUUUUCGGCACCCAAAAAGACCAAUGAUAGCCGGGCGACCGCUCAAACAUCUUCAAGAACGUAUUCGGAGUCGUCGGUGGCAUCCGAAAACAGUAAAACUUCGAGAAGUUCUAGGUGAGUUGAAGGUUUUUUGAUAGGGAAAUUGGUUGUGAAAAGGCUAAUUUUGGAAUUUACGGUGGAUUGAGAGGGGAGAUUUGAAUAUUAGAACAGAUUUUGAACAAUUUUGGAUAUUACUUUAGCUAAGAAUUGAUGUAUUUUUGAUUUUGAUGCCUAAUUUUUUAUCUUGUUUUAGUCAUCGCACCGACAAUGCCACCCCAGAAGCCUAUCCCCAUCGACCUAUCAUGAAUUCCACCCCAGUGCCCCCCAAAUCGCCUCAGAAACAAGAAGUUUAUCAUCAACAAGCUCAUAAUCAAGUUCAAAGUCAGCAUCAAGAACAUCAGCAACAGGAUCAAGGAUAUAGUCAAUUCACUCAAGAGCAUCAGAAUCAAAAUCAAUACGGAUACGGAGACUUUUACAGCCAAAAAUCGCAGGAAUCCCAGCGAAAAGACAGCCAGGCCAGCUAUGUGAGCCAUCAAAGCCAAGCGGCACAGGAACUGGCUAAACAAAUGAACAGCCUCGGCCUAACUCAUCAAGCCCAAUUUAGCCAGUAUCGAGAGCAAACCCCGGCCACACCGACCCAAAAAGCCCCCACUAUCCCGGAAAAUCAACAUGAACAUGGCUAUGAAAAUCGACAUGUUUAUGGAAAUUAUCAACAGAAUCAAGGCCUACAAUCCACCACGAAUCAUCAAGGAUACACCCAACAGUCAGUGGGCAUCCAACCGCAAGGAUUUGAACAGCCAAUUUUGGAAAAUAAUCAAAUUGGAAAUCAGCAGAUUCCCCAACAAAAACAAGGAAUUCAGCCCCAACAGCAGACCAAACAGAGUGUUCAACCUCAACAAUUUCAACAACAACAAUUUGCUCAGCCACAACAACAGUUCAAUCAACAAAAUCAACAGUCGCAAGAGCAGAAUGGCCAAGAAAAUCGCCAAAAAGAACAGAAAAAGGACGGAAAAGGCGGACUUUUUGGAGGUCUGAAGUCGAAAUUGAUCAGUAUCAUCCCCUCAACCAGCGAAAUGAUCCUCCCCGAUGACUCCAAAAAGUCGAUAGUGUGGGAUGAAAAGCUGGGAAGGUAUGUUGGAGACGGUGUUGAGGAAGAAGUUGCCCCGCCACCACCUCCUUCAAUCCCAAUGGCUCAAGUGGCCCCGGUGGCUCAACCUACCCCACAACCAGCGGCCGCACCGGCACCAACGGUAGCUCCAACAGCCCCUCAAGUACAGUCGGUAGCAAAUCCGAUGUUUGGAGGCAUCCCACAGCCAACACAGCCGGUUGUUGCAAGGAGCAGAUUGCCGAAAGGUAGGUGAAGAUAAAAAGGUUUUUUUGAAGUGGUUUUUUUGGGGUGAAUAAGGUUGAAUGGAGUGUGUUAGAGAGUAAAUGGACUGGGAAAAAUAUGUUUUGAUUUUUUUUUAGGGCUUUGAGGUAACCUUUUUUGAUUAAACUUGUGCAAUGUGCGACCUGAUCCAGUGGCAAAAAACUUACCAUUUUGCAUCCGGGAAGCAUCAAAAAUGUGGCAAAAUGCUUCCCUCUACAAUUGGAAAAACUUCGAUUUCAAAAGCGCGCGCUCUUUUUGUAAGCGCUCUUAAAACCGAGGUUUUUUCACUGGGAGAGGGAAGCAUUUUGCCAUAUUUUUGUUGCUUCCCGGAUGCAAAAUGGUACUUUUUUUCCACUGGAUCCGGUCCGUCACUAAAUGAUUAUUUCCACGACAAGAUGUAAGGAAAUGAUUUUGCAGAGAUUACCAAUCUUUAUUAACGUUUUUUCAGGUUCUCGAGGCUAUACCGCCCCUGCCAACGGCUUUGCUACAGCUCCCGCGGCUCCAGCUCCAAUGAAUUUAAUCCCGGCGAUACCUACAGGCGCUCCAGUCAUGAAUGGUUUUGGUUUUAUUCCACAAGCCGGUAAGUGGGCCACAAUUUGUGGAUUUUGAGUAUAAUUUGAUUGAAAUUGCCAAAAGUUUGAUUAAUUUAUAUUGUUUUAGCCGAUAAUGAGGACUCCAGCCCAUUCAGUGACUCGCCAUUCCAACAACCCGACCCCAAUCAACAGCAAACUCAACAGACAGCCCAAUGA